UUAUCGUAAAGUGAGGAAGACAUAGAGCAGUUUUAACUGAAAGAAUUUCAUAAUAAUCGAUAAUAAUCUGAAUUGACAAGUCAUUAAGCUGGCUAUUAAAAAUCAAAGCUAUUCUAAAAUUCUCAAAAGCAAUCAAAUAAGUACAGAAGAUAAUAUGGUGAAAGAAUACACAAAGUCAUUGUCAAAUACAUCAACUACUUCCGUGGAUUCUGGAGUAUUUGAUUUAUCAGACGACAGCGUAUUAGACAUGACAAAAGAUAUGAACAUUGGUGAGGCAGUGAAGAAAAUAUUAACUGACGCAAAAACAGAUAAUCGUCUAAUUUUUGGUGUAAAAAAUGCAAUAAAUCAUUUUAAUGAGACGGAAAAUCCAGAGCAUUCACUGUUCUUCUUCAUGGCGCCAACUAAGGAUCAUACCACUCACAUGAGUACAAUAUUAUUAAAGGCAUUUUGUUUUGAAAAUGAUAUUUAUACUGUCCAAUUAGACAGUGCUGAGAAAUUAAGUAGAAUUAUUAAUUCGGAUGGAUCAAGCUGUGCUUUAGUUCAGAGAUCAGAUGUCGUUAAUGACGUCUACAAUACAUUUGAAACAAUUUUAAUUGAUCACUGUGAAGAUUUCUGGGAUGAAGUUGUUCAACCAAUUAUUCGAUUGCCUGAGAAAUGAAAGUAGCUAGAACUGGAUGUUAGUGGAAAAAAAUAAUAGCAAAAACAAAACACUUGAAAUUGAAAGUGUGAAAAGAAUUGUUUAAAAUGUGGACAUACGAUACUGUGUAAUUAUUUUAUCGUCCAGACCACUUCUUGUACAGAACGAUGUAUUCAUCUAAAAUAUUAUUGGGGAUGCAUCAAAAAACAUUGAUUGAAGCGAACAAUCAAAUCGAACAUUAUGUUAACAUUAAUCGAGCAUUAAGUACAUUAAAACGAGAUAAGAUAAAAGCCAUUUAUGAUUAAUAUGUAAUUAAGUACUAAUUAUGGUGAAAUAAAGGUGU